UCCAGAAACAAGAAGGGCCCCAGCCUGAUGACCACGGUGGCCAUGCCUGUGUUCAGCACCAAGAACGAGACGAAGAACCAGGGUAUUCUCCUAGGGGUAGUGGGCACCGACAUUCCCCUACAGGAACUUAUGAAGAUCAUCCCUAAACACCUGCUGGGUAUCCACGGUUACGCAUUUGCCAUCACUAACAACGGCUACAUCCUGACCCAUCCAGACCUGAGGCCACUGUACCAGAAGGGCCAGAAGAGGAGGAAGCCCAACUACAGCAGUGUGGACCUGUCUGAGGUGGAGUGGGAGGACAAGGAUGACUUUCUGCGUAAUGCAAUGGUCAACAGGAAGACGGGGACUUUCUCCAUGGAAGUGAAGAAGACAGUAGACAAAGGGAAACGUCUGCUGAAGAUGCACAAUGACUACUACUACACUGAAGUCAAGGGAACUCCCUUCAGGACGUACUGCAACACAGGCGAGUACUAUGAGCACCGUUCUCUCUCCCAGAUCCAGGCUAUUAAACUCUACCUGACCGGACGCAAACCACUCAUCAAAU